CCGGCGCCCCCCCGGAGACAGCGGGAAAUGGUAUGCCCCGGAAGUGGCCUCUCAGCCUCCUAGGCCAGCUUCCGGCUCCACCGGAAGUGGCGAAAGGAAGCCGGUGGAUCCCGCGACUGUGGAGGGCUAGGCGCCGUCGCCACCAUGGGCCGCGAGUUCGGGAAGCUGUCUAGGGUGCGGCAUGUGAUCAGCUACAGCUUGUCGCCUUUCGAGCAACAGGCCUUCCCGCACUACUUCAGCAAAGGCGUCCCCAACGUGCUGCGCCGCAUUCAGGCGACCAUCCUUCGCGCCGCGCCGCCGUUUGUGGCGUUUUACCUUCUUUACACGUGGGGGACCCAGGAGUUCGAGAGGUCCAGGAGGAAGAACCCAGCUGCCUAUGAAAAUGACAGCUGAGCCACCCGUCUGGAGGAUGGUUCCCUGUCUCCGACAGAGCCUUCUCUGGAAGAGGAGUCUACACUGUAGUGUCUUGAAGACACAAUAAACUUCUUUCAGGUUGCAA